UGUAUCAUUGUACUUAAAAUUUUUUUUCAUACAUAAAACUUCUAAGUGCGAUUUCUCAAGAAAUAUCCACUGAAAUUUAAAAAAUCAAACGCGGUUGUAAAAAGAAUUAAAAAAUUUUUAAAAUGAUGUGUCACUUGACCUCUAUUGCCAUUAAACAUUUUUGAGCGGGUAGUUACCUCUACGAAAAGGAUAAAGCAGUACCAUUGAAUUUAUCGUAUUUACACGUCCCCCUCGACAAGUUGACCUCUUUUGGCAUUUUUCGCAAAAAUUAUCGGUCACAAAAUAAAGGAUGGAAAGUUUUAUAAUGAACACCCUGUAUAUACGAAUUCUGAGUCCUAUCUGUCUCCUAUCUGCUCGCCAAAACUGGGCGCUCCGCGCUUGUUGCGCCCGUAACAUAGCAACGUGUGUACGUAGUUGGAGAUUCUUAUGUAUGCGCGCGCAAAAGUUUAUUUCUGGCAUUACUACCUCCGGGAGUGUCAGUCAAGUCCUGGAUAUUUGAGGCUGUGCUAAGGUGAAAUCGCAUGACUGCGAUACUCGUGGAAUAAAAAUGGAAAAUUUUUCACUAUCGCCACUCAAAAAGGCCGUCCAGGGCGUGACUUUUCGAGGAAGCGAACAAUCGGAAGAAUAUCGAACGGGGAGAGCGGACUUAUCUAUAAAAAAACCCGUCCAAAAACCCGCCUUAGGUACAACGGCGUCGCCAGACGUUAUUAUAAAAAGCAGCUUCAAAGGAAAAGAGGAGUAAUCAAGGAUUAAAUCAAACCCCUUCAAGUUGCUUCGAACUUCGAGGACAAGGGCCUCCACAGAGGCAUCAGAACGUUCCAGGCCGGAACAUAAUACUCCCAGUCCCUCAAAGAUUCGUCAGGACAAGAAACCCAAGAUCACUAAUGAAGGAUCGUAUGCUAAGGUAACAAAAGGAUUAAUCAGGUUACCUCUCGUCAUGGAAGGGUAUCCUGAAAGAAAACUAGGUAUCGGUAAGGUGGUUAAAAUUAAGAAACUGAUUAGACGGCAUUGUCUCCAAUUUUCGGAGGGUACAAAAGCUCACACCUUUCACUGGUUCCUAGAAAAGAAACGGUACACUGGUUUUUGCGUGUGUCGACGAGCAUCGGGAGUGGCUUAAAAACCUCUCUUCUGAUACUAAAAUAAGGAAAACUUCCUUACGUGUCUUGCCUGUCAAUGAGCUGCUAAAGCGACAUCAAGUUGUAGUACAUAUAAAGGAACAUGCUUAUCGAGAAGGCCACGAGGCUCCUCAAUAUAUAAAAUGAGAGCUUGGCGAUUAAAGAAAAGAUCAUCUAGAAGGAACGAUAGAAGAGGUACUACAAGCAUUCACUUUGGCUGUUUGUUUGAAGACUCCUCUCUGAAAAUCUUAAAGGCCUGCAAAGAUUUUUCUGCGGACUAAGACAAGCAACCGUAAAGCAAUGAUGCUAGCCGUGCGUAUUUGGGCUGCACACGCACACAACAUUUAUUGUAAGGGCUUUCUCCCCGAAGGGACAAAACCUCUGUUGCCUGGGCGCAGAAGCGAUAUACGCCACAAUACUCUCCACUAUCUAGCAAAACCCCAAAAGCCGGACGAUAGAAAAAUCCAGCCGCGCCUACGGGUUCGCACGCAGGAUGAGCAGUUUAGCCGGUGCAACCACCUCUUUACACACCCGGAAAAACGACAGGACACGCUACCCACCUGUUAUUGAUGAACGCGCCCAGCCGCCGCUCCCUGUACCCUAGCCACGCCCACGGGGAGGCCUGCUCAUUCGUGUCCCGUACCUGGACACGCGCUCUGACCCUAUUAGGUAGGAAAUAAGGAAAGGAUCAAAAGGAAGAGAAUCAUGGGAUCGGAGGAAAUGGUUAGGAGGGAAGGAUAUGACAACUGUGUCAUUGGAUUUUAAGGUUGGAAACUUUACCUAAUAUGUAUCUAAUGCCUACCUAUCUUUUCUCUAACCUUUUGGUAACGCAGUUUACCCGAGAUGCUUAUGGGGCUGCGCCUCCAUGCUCGAAAGUUCCGAUGAAAACCCACGAGUAAAUGGCUCAGAAUCUAUGACUAUCUACGAAUCGUACGCGCCUUUACCUAGCCGAAAUUUCUACUAAUUUGCCUUGUUGAACCCUUUCAGCUAAAGAGACUCUUUACAGAAGUCGCCGAACAGGGAAAAGGCCCUGGAGUUUCCACCAAGAAGGGUGCCACCUCCGGCUAUCUCCAACUGUCAACCCCUAUCAUUUCGCGCAGAGCGAUUCUCUGCAUUUCGAAUCUUUCGCACUUGAGAAGGAAGUGCGGUACAGUGUCAUCGCCGCCGUCACAGUCACAGGCGCCGCUGUCAGCGAGUCCGAGCGACGUUAGGCGUGCCCGGAAAUCGCCAUGGACCGUAAGCACCUGCGCGCUCCAACGUUCAGGCCGAAUCCACCGCGCGUCCAUUCUCCCAGAAAUGUCCCUGAAGAACGAAUAAGUAGUACGGCCUUUUGUUAAAGAAUUCUACUUGGCCUGCCACAUCCUACUACCUUCUGUCCUGAUACGUUUUACCGCAUCCUCAUCAGCUGCUGAAAUUAUUGUAUCUCCUAUCUCGACGUCCCUACCUCUUCUAAUUUCAUACGUAGCCCUGCUUUCCUAAGGAAGGAUUUCGACCGGGGUCGCACCAGCGACAACGCACAAUGAUUCUCGCGAUGACGUUCUGUACGCGCCUAUCACCGGUAUCAGCGCCUUGCGCCGUAUACUUUGUAAUUUUCUAAUAUCGCGUUCCGUACAAAGGUCUGCCCAUCCCGCUGCGGCAUACGCCACAGUCGGGGCGAACACUCCCCUGUAAAUAGUCGAGAGCGCCGUAUACUUAAGACCUCAUGACCUAGUUAGCUUGCCCAAUCUCGCGAAUAGCAAUUCUACUCUAUUCUUCAAAUGUUCGCAAUGGGAUUUUACUUCCAUAUCCUUAUCAAAAUAGACACUGAGAUAUUUAACUAAAUUCCUAAAUUUUAUGCUUUUAUCUCUUAUUGUUGGAGGCUUUUCUGCAAGAUCUGUUUUCUUUAUGUUUGAUUUCCGCUUCCUAUCCGGGCGGUCUCCUCCCCUUCUAUUAACAGGUGCUCUACCUAUUUCCUUGCUUUUCAAAAUUAUCGCUUCCGUCUUAUUUUCGGAAAUUUCUAGCUUCGCGGACUUGCACCAAUUUACGAUCCACAAUUUUUUGACCCUCUAAUUCUUCUCUCCGCGAAUUUCCUCUUAUCACCGUUACUAAAUCGUCCGCGUAAACUGCGUAUUGUCUCUGAGCUAUUUCAUUUAAUUCCCUAAGUAAUCCGUCGAACAUAUCGUUCCAGCAGGUGGGAUCGAGAACGGAGCCCUGCGGGCAUCCUCUCGUGGCCUGCUUGGAAACUUUCCCGUGCCCUAACUCUAUCUGCACCUUUCGAUCGCUGAAGUAGCUCCGGAGCACUUCGAAAACGUUCUUGGGGCAGUUCCUAUCUUUUAAGCUAUCUAAUACAAGGGGCCAUCAGACAUUGUCGAAGGCACCCGAGAUAUCGAAGAGUAGGGCGACGGCAUACCUCUCUUCAGGCAGAGACCAUCCUCCGCAACUCCGCAAUAACAUCCUCCGUCGACCUUCUGGGCAUGAAACCGAACUGUCGGCCGGAGAUAUUACCAGGCGUCACCGACGUGUCCUCUAGGCAAAGCUUGAUAAGCUUUUCAAAAAGUUUCCCUACUACAGAGAGGAGACAUAUGGAGACAUAUUAUAAGAUUUCGGAUCCUUCUCGUCACUGUCUUCGCUUUUCAGAAGAACUCAUAAUGAGCCCUCCUUCCAAGUCGAGAGAAAAACGCCCCACUAAAGGCACCCGUUAAAUAACCUAACUAUCUGACCGGGGAUUGUUCUGCACGCUACUUUCAAGACACUGACCUCGAUUAGAUCAGGUCCGGGUGCUUUAUAAUUUUAAAAACUUCUAAUUACCUCGACGACUUUUUGCUCCAUGAAGAUAAAAGCAUCAGCCGUAUUUGGCGCAAAUUGUGCGUUUUCCCUAACUAACCUUUGAUUUUCAGUAUCUUCAUUCUCCCAGUCAUCUGGAAUAUGGACAUACAGAAGGUAGCUGGCUGUCUUUUCUACGGUGUUGAUAGAGUAUUUGCCACAUCGGAGAGUGUUAAGCAUUUUCUCAACUCGAAGUUUCUCAGCUUGUUGCUUGUAAACGUAACUCCAAGCCUCCAAGUUGCCGUGUGACGUGACGAAUUUUCGCCAGCUUACGAGCUUCGCCUUCCUCAUCUCCCUGCUGUAGUUCCGCAGAAAUACGCGGUACUCUUGGCGCGGUACUCUUGGCGCAGGGUGAAAUAAUUGGGCUUCUCUCGUCCUAUUUGGGUGGCACGUUUCAACCUAUAUACUAUGACUUUUUGACGACAGACAAUUCUCUGGUGCACCACGGAUUUCCUAAACCUUUGUUUCCUUGGCAUAGAAGACGUACAGGUCUCUUGGAGCACCGUAAGUUUCUGCGUCAUCAACUCUACAUCCCCCGCAGACUGCAGACCAAGGAUCUCGAGUUGCUAGAUAGAUCGCGCAGGCUCUCGGCGAACUGAUCCCAAUCGGUCCGACGUGUGUCUAAUCGGUUAGUCUCAGCCCCUCAGUCAUUGUCCGUUGCUCUUGGCACUCUCACUCUGAUGUCCACGGAGUUGUGAUCGCUGCUCAUUCAAUCCUGCCUCACCUUACACUCGCCGAUGAAUUGGCUCAUGGUAGGGGACGAGAGAGUAACAUCUGUAUAAGACAACCCUCCCGCCGUCCAGUAGGUGAGAGGCUGAGCAGCAUUCAAUAUCUGGAGACCAAAUGAGGUCCUUGAGUUUGCCACCUCUUUCGUCUGUUCUCUAAGGACCCCUGAGAAACGACCGCGCAUUGGCAUCUACUGCAAUUAGCAUUCUCUUCCCCCUUGUUAGGGAACUGACCAUAAGGCUCGAUAUAUCUCGAUAUAUAUCGAGAGCGGAGACACGAUAGGGCAUUGACAAGUGUAUGAGAGAAAAGAUAAAGAAGCUUAAUAAAUGCAGUUAUCGUAUUAUAAGAUAAAUCCCAUCCUAUAUUUAAUUACUUAAUUGUGAAGUAUAACAUGGCGCAGUCGUAGUCGAGAGAAGUUCCAAAGAAAUACGGUAAAGAAAUAAGUACAGGCACUCGGUAUCGAGAACAACGAAAAAUAACCUCAAAACACGUGCACGAGACGACUGGUACGAGCACGACGAGACGCGAUGGGAGACGCAAGAGGCAUCAGCCCUAUGAGAAUGGCAGGGAACAUUGCAGAGAACUGGCAAAUGUGGCGUAGUAGAUUCGAAAACUAUCUGAAGGCGUCAGAAGUAUCGAAGAAAUCACAAGAGACCCAGUGUGCGCAACUCUUACAUUACAUAGGGAAAGAAGGGUUCAAAAUUUAUAAAACCUUUCCUAUAGCAGAAAAUGAGAAAGAUAAACUACCAAUCUUAUUAGACAAAUUUGAAGCUCACUUCCUACCAAAGGAAAAUCUUUCGUAUGAAAGAUACGUCUUCUUCACAAUGAGGCAAAAAUCCGGACAGUCACUGGAACAGUUUGUGGUAGAACUGACAGAACAAGCGCAAAAAUGUAAACUAGGAGAACUACAAAACAGCCUGAUCAAAUGUAUGAUCACCUGCGGAGUCCAGAGCAACCCGAUGAGAGAGAAGCUGCUGCAGGAUGACUCACUAACGCUGGAAGAGGCCAUUCAUCAGUGUAAAGUAAUGGAAAAGGCGAAGAUCCAAAGCAAGGAAAUGGAAGCUCUGGGAAAAUCUACGGGAACAGUCAACGCAAUUAAAUUAUAUAAGAAAGCGGGUCAAAAACAAGAAGUGAGGGGUAAGAGUGUCCACAAAACAAAAGAUAAAAUGAUUUCUAAUUGUACAAGAUGUGGAAAGAAUCACAUUGUAAAUAACUGUCCAGCAUACGGUAAAGUAUGUGGAAAAUGUAAGAGGCAAAAUCAUUUUGCUGCUGUUUGUAGAAGUCAUAAUAAAAUAAAAAUAAAUGAGUUAGAAAAAGAAAAAGGGAAAGUAGACACUCUUACGACUCACGAAAAAGGCGAAUACUUAAUUAUAAGUGCGGUAAAUAAGAACAAUAAAGAUGAGAAUGCGUGGUACACAGAGUUAGAAAUUAAUAAGGUCAAAGUUAAAUUUAAGGUAGAUACGGGGCAAUGUGUAAUGUAUUAUCAAUGA